CAUUGGCUCCGCGGGGGUUGGGCCCGCCCCCCGAAGCUGGAGCUACACAGCGCGGCCGGCCGAGGCGACCCUCGGCACACGCGCAGAUCCCUUCGCCGGCUUCCCCGUUCUCCGGCCGCGGCGUAUAGCCCUGAAAUGCAACUGAGCAGUGCACAGAAAGUUCAGCAGAUUUCUGCAACGUUGUGGGUGAAAUACUCAGCUGAGACUCAAGCGCCUAGAAACUGCUGUCCCAUCGGUACCAACCACAACAAUGAGAAGUCAUUUAAGGAACAACAGAAGGUGUUAAUGCAAGUUCUGCCAGUGAAUUAAACAUAUAUUUAAAGGCCACAUAGCAAUAUGGCUUGGACUUCAUUGAUCUUUUUGUGAUAUACUUUGUAAGCUACACAGGAGAGCAUGAAAUCUUCAAAAAUGGAUGCUAUGAAGUUAAAGCAUGAUAUCAAUCCAUUGCUUCUUUUUUUUAUAAACUUUGUAAUCUUGCUUUACACAGUUAUAACUUUUAUUCCAUGGUAUUUAUUUUCUGGAGCAAUACACGUCAUAGCCAAGUCAAAGCAAAUUAAAGCUAAACCUGUGAGUUCCAGGCCAGGCAGUGCAUACAGAUCUGUUAACAGUUUGCAUUGCUUAGCAUCUGUAUUAUACCCUGGUUGUGAUACACUCGACAAAGCUUUCAAGUAUGCUAGGAGUAAAUUUAAGGACAGAAAACUCCUGGGAACACGGGAAGUCUUGAAGGAGGAAGAUGAAAUCCAGACAUCUGGAAAGGUUUUUAAAAAGGUUAUCCUUGGAAAAUAUAUGUGGCUCACGUACGAUGAUGUUUUCAGUAGAGCGAAAAAGUUUGGAGAUGGAUUAACUGUGUUGGGCCUUCAACCGAAGACAAACAUUGCCAUCUUCUGUGAAACUAGAGCAGAGUGGAUGAUCGCUGCCCAAGCUUGCUUCAUGAACAACUUCCAACUUGUUACACUUUAUGCCACUCUAGGAGGCCCUGCGAUAGUACAUGGGUUGAAUGAAACUGCAGUGACAACCAUUAUUACCAGCAGAGAAUUGAUGCAAACAAAACUGAAGAGUAUUGCUUCUCAGAUUCCUCUGAUGCGCCAUAUUAUUACUGUGGAUGGCACACCAACAACAUGGUCGGAAUUCCCCAAAGGGGUAAUCGUUCACACUAUGGCAUCUGUUCAAGCUAUGGGAGAGAAAACAGAAAGCUUUCCAGCCAACAAGCAGAAGCUGAGACCGUUGCCAUCAGACAUUGCAGUAAUAAUGUAUACCAGUGGUUCUACAGGUGUACCAAAAGGCGUUAUGAUCUCACAUUGUAAUCUUAUUUCUGGUAUAACUGGGAUGGCUGAAAGGAUUCCUAAUCUUGGAGAGAAAGAUACUUACAUUGGAUACUUGCCACUUGCUCAUGUUUUGGAGUUAAGUGCUGAACUUGUUUGCUUGACUCAUGGAUGCCGUAUUGGCUACUCAUCACCUCAAACUUUAAGUGAUCAGUCCUCUAAAAUAAAGAAAGGAAGUAAAGGUGAUGUUUCUGCACUGAAGCCAACUCUAAUGGCAGCUGUGCCGGAAAUCAUGGAUCGAAUCUACAAAAAUGUCAUGAAUCGAGUUAACGAAAUGUCCAAUUUCCAACGCAAUCUGUUUAUACUGGCUUAUAAUUACAAGAUGGAACAGAUUUCAAAAGGCUACACUACUCCAUUGUGUGACAGACUUAUUUUCCGGAAAGUCCGGAUGCUGCUGGGUGGGAAGAUUCGGGUCUUGUUGUGUGGAGGAGCUCCACUUUCUGCAGCAACUCAGAGAUUCAUGAACAUCUGUUUCUGUUGCCCAGUGGGACAGGGCUAUGGACUAACAGAAUCCUCUGGGGCUGGAACGAUAACAGAAGUUUGGGACUAUGCCACAGGCAGAGUGGGAGCACCCUUGGUUUGCUGUGAAAUCAAGCUCGUGAAUUGGGUAGAAGGUGGAUACUUUAACACAGACAAACCUUAUCCUAGAGGUGAGAUUGUUAUUGGAGGUCAGAACAUAACUAUGGGCUACUACAAAAAUGAAGAACGAACCCGAAGUGAUUUCAUGGUGGAUGAGAACGGACAGAGGUGGCUCUACACUGGUGACAUUGGGGAAUUCCAGGCAGAUGGUUGUCUAAAAAUUAUUGAUCGGAAAAAAGACCUUGUAAAACUUCAAGCGGGAGAAUAUGUUUCUCUCGGUAAAGUUGAAGCUGCUUUGAAGAAUCUUCCACUGAUAGAUAAUAUUUGUGUAUAUGCGAGCAGUUUCCAGUCUUACGUCAUUGGAUUUGUUGUGCCAAACCAUAAAGAACUUAAAGAGUUAGCACGAAAGAAAGGAUUUAAAGGAACCAUGGAGGAGAUAUGUAACAGUCCUGAAAUGGAAAAAGAAGCACAGAAGAUUAUAGCUGAAGCUGCUCUCAUAGCUAAUCUGGAGAAAUUUGAAAUCCCACUCAAAAUUCGUUUGAGCCCUGAACCUUGGACCCCAGAGACGGGCUUGGUGACAGAUGCCUUCAAACUAAAACGGAAAGAGCUUACUGCAUACUACCAGGAAGAUAUUAAUCGAAUGUAUGGAACAAAAAUAAAAUAAUGGUGUUUUUUUUCUUGCACCACUUUGCUAUGGUGAGCUCAGAUCAAAUAGGAAAUACUUGAAUCAUAUGUCUCAUCACUUGGGACCAACAUUAAAAACAUCUUUACUCACUCUCA